AUGGGUGCGGCAGACCGUGCCAGUUGGUUAGGGCAGAUACAGAAAGACAGGGCUAGACGCCUUGAAUUGGAUGUAGCAGAGACCGAUCUACGCCGUAGAAGACCUCAUGUGGACCUGCAAGAUGACGAUAAUCUCGAAGAAAACCGUGAGCCUCCCCCUGAGGUCAAAUCACUCAUCGACAUAUUUCCGGGUGUCUCCGCCGCCCUUCUUAUCCGCGUCUUCGAGAGGAAGUUGAAGGCGACUGAACUUAUACGCUUCAAAGAGAAGUCAGUCACCGAGCUAGAUCAGGAGGAUAGAGUCUUCAAAAUGACCGAAUCGGGAGGCACAGUGGGCUUCAAGAAGGCAGCAGCGUCGCUUAAGGACUGGGGCCCUAACCCUCAGAUAUGGACGACUUGCUUUCUUGCCUAUCUGGCCGUUGUAGGGUACCUCUUCGGCGAGAAACAUCCUAAGGCAAUUCCCAACCUCCUCAUGUUUAUGAGGCAGAUCCUGGACUUCGCUCAGACUUAUCAGUGGUCGGAAGCAGUUCUCCCACUUGCCCUUAAUUUCCACCAAUACAUACUGGAUAAAGGAGAGCUAUCGACGGACAACUACCUGGUCACAGGCCCAUUUCGCGAGAAAUACCUCCGCCACAAUCUCACCCUACCUGCGAAGUCACCAACAAAUCCUCCAGCCCGGCCUCGUCAAGCCAGGAAUACCAGGUCUUCGAAUAAUGAGACAGAGGUUUGCGAUAAGUUCAAUACGAUAGGUGACACCGGCAACGUUGUUCUUAACCCCUUGUCCCUAAGCCUCACACCGCAGGGGCAACCACCUAGACCAAACACUGCUAUUCAAUAUCCCGUGUUCAACCCAGAGCUCCCAAGAUUACAAUCCUCUCCGUCACCACUCAAUGCGAAAGGCUGGAGCAAUCUUCUGCGCUACUAUCCAGGCGAUCUGGGCUCCACUAUCGCUGGGAUUCUGACCUACGGUGCCCAGGUUGGCUAUAGGGGCAAGAAGCAGUUUCGCUAUUCCUCUAACCAUCACAUACACGAACCCGGCAUAAUCACGGCCCAACUAGCAGAAGACCUCAACCUCGGCCGUGUUAGACUAGCCUCUAGGCCCUCCUUUGUUUCACCGCUUGGGUUGGUUCCUAAGCACGAUGGGGGAUGGCGCCGCAUCCAUGACCUAUCUUGGCCGCCUGGACAGGGCCUUAACCAGGGCAUACCGGACUCCUGGUCAGCGAUCGAAUACAUGACAAUUGAUCAUAUCUACGAGCAGGUCAUACAAGCUGGCCGGGGUUGCACAAUCAUCAAGAGGGAUAUCAAGGACGCCUUCCGAAUAGUCCCCGUUGCCGAGGAUAACCAACAUCUCCUUGCCUUCCAGUGGAAUGACUCGACUUACGUCGAAUGCUGUCUCCCCUUUGGCCUCGCAACGGCCCCAUUUCUGUUCAAUCUCUUCGCCGAGGCAUUCCAUUGGAUACUCCAAUGCCACCUACCUGCAUUCCAUAUCAAUCAUUACCUAGACGACUUCAUCGUCAUUGCCCGGUCUCCCUCGGUGUCCGAGCCUACGGGUCCCUUCGACGAGGUUUACAACAGGGUCACCGACUACCUACGUAUCCCCCGCAAUACCAAAAAGGACCAGCAAGGGACCUGCGUUACAGUCCUAGGUAUCCAGAUCGACUCUAUUGCAAUGGAAGCUCGUCUGCCACCAGAAAAGUUGUGCCGCGCCACAUUGGACGCCGCAACUUGUCUGACGGCAGUGAGUCUCUCACUCAAGCAAACAGAGCGCCUCGCAGGCUUAUUAGCCUUCUGUUCAAGAGUUGUCCGGCUAGGGAGAACAAGGCUACAGUCUCUAUACUCCUUCCAAGCCGCUUUCCCACAUGGGAGUAGCGCGCGCCGCCGUAUCCCCUACGAGGUACGUGACGAUUUGGAAUGGUGGAGGGACUCCUUGUCUCUCUUCAACGGCGUACUCCUGAUUGACCCUUGCCGCCGCACUAUCACGCAUCUCUACACAGAUGCUUCUAGUAUAGGCCAGGGGCUCUUCUUCUUCUCAUCCAAGUCUACACUAGACUGCUGGCUGGCCCAUUGUCACCAGCUUCAUCAAAGCAAUGCUGCCACAUUGGCCCUUGCUCAAGACGCACACGCGCACAUCAAUACUCAAGAAGUAGACGCCAUCCUCCAAGGCUUCCUACUCUUCAGCCACCAUUGGCUCCAUCAUACUCUCGUUAUCCACACGGAUAGCUCCACAGCGCACAUGGGACUCAAGAAAGGCUUCCUUCAUGGUCCGCCUAACGCACCUCUAAAGAGCCUACUUAUCCUAGCGGCGGCGAGAGACAUCCACAUCGUGCCACACUGGCUCCCCUCCCGGGAAAAUACAUUAGCAGAUGCGCUCUCACGACCUCUCGGUAUUGAACCGCCCGCGUGGUUCUCUUCACGAGCUCCUCAGCUCAAUGCAGGCCACCUGAAACUGCUCUGGAACGGACUCAGCGCUAACACACGUUCCGUUUACCUCUCCGUUCAGCGUAAUUACGAAAAGCACUGCGCGCUACAGAAUCUAUCCGCGUGGCCAGUUUCAAGGCAUUCAUUGACCUCAUGGCUAAGCGCACGACUUCUUGGUAACGCUAGUCAAAAGGCCGUCAAGCCUGAUACCGCACUCGCCGACCUAGCCGCUCUCCGAGCCUACCAUAUCGACAACUUCCUUGACGAUAAACUCUUUGAUAACAAGCAUUUCCGACGUCUUAUAGACGGCGCGAGAAGACUCAAUCCCAUGACAAAAAUACGGCUCAGAAAACCGAUUUCGCGUGACACUAUCACGAAACUAUCCGCAGGCCUCGCCACACUCCCGUUACGUCCCUUAGAGAUGACUGCGAACCUCCUAGACGACCUGAACUUCGCAACCGCGUGUCGGGUAGCAUUUGCUGGGUUUCUCCGCCUCGGAGAAUUUACCUAUAAGACUGAAGACCUCCGCACACGUUCUAUCUUCUCCGCCACAAAGUUAACGCGCUCAGACGUCAGACUCUCGCCCUCGUUAGACCACGCGCAACUCACACUCAAGCGCAGUAAGACGGACCGCCGUCACGAAGGGGUGCAAAUUAUUCUUGCAAAGACGGGAGACGGCGCAUGCCCAGUUGACGCCCUUCGGAAACUGCUACUUCUCGACCCCAAAGGGCCCGACGCCCCAUUGUUCUCCUUCGGCAGAAGACCAUUUAGCCGCAACAACUUCCUCUCGACCUUAUCUACUAAGCUAAGAGCACUUGGGAUACCGACACACGGAUAUUCAGGUCACAGCUUUCGGAAGGGUGCGGCUCAGCAUGCGCACGAUAGUGGGAUACUCGACGACCAGAUUCAGAUGCUAGGGAGAUGGACCUCGGAGGCAUUCAGGGUCUAUUUUACGACGAAUGCGUCAGUCCUUUACAAGCUCAACCACCAGUUCCAGACAGGCUCCCCGGCCCCGCUGUCUCUGCUGCUUCCAUGUUAA